AAAUAUUGUGAUUAUGCACAGAAAAGAAAUCGAUGAAAAUUGAAAACAAAAUAUAAAGUAAUAUUAAGACGAAGGAAGGAAGGAAGAAGAAACCCAUGAAUAUGAUAGCUUGUGCGUGUAACUUCUCUCGGCUACAUUGUCUUUCUAUGAGCAGAAAAUAAGCCCCACGUCACUUCCAAACUCAAUUGGCUUCUUUCUCUGCUUUUCUUUUCUUUUCUUCUCUUCUCUUUAAAUCCUUUUCGCUUUCAGCAUCUUCUAUAUCCCCUUCAUCUCACUGCCAUUGCAUGUUUUGAAUAUAAGAAAAGCUAAUAAAACAACUCUUGUUAGGAACCCUUUUGUAUCCAAACCAUCCAUCUCCAUCUUUGGACGCUCCUUUGAUUUUUCUUGUUGAUUUUUCAAGCCUUUUAUUUACCUCUAAGUGUUUCUUUUGGUUUUUGAAUGGGACCCAUUAGAGGUUUCAAGAGAAGGAAGAAAGCAGAGAAGAAGGUUGACCAGAAUGUCUUGGAUGCUGCUUUAUCUUCGUUGCAGCCCCAGCCCCAACAGCCUUUGGAUUGGUGGGAUGAUUUCUCCAAGAGGAUUACUGGGCAUCUUUCUGAAACAAAAAAUUCAAAGAAAUUUGAGUCUGUUUUCAAAAUUUCAAGAAAGACAUUCAACUACAUCUGUUCACUCGUGAAUGAUGAUCUGAGGGCUAGGCAAUCAAACUUCACUGGUUCAGAUGGGAAGCCAUUAUCUCCCAAUGACCAAGUAGCUAUUGCUCUUAGGAGGCUUAGCUCAGGUGAAUCAUUGUCAAACAUCGGAGAUUCAUUUGGAAUCAACCAGUCAACUGUUUCUCAUAUAACCUGGCGAUUUGUGGAAGCAAUGGAAGAAAGAGGACUGCACCAUCUUCGGUGGCCUGCCACUGAAGCAGAAAUAGAAGAGAUAAAGUCCAAGUUUGAGAAGAUGCAUGGCCUUCCUAACUGCUGUGGUGUGAUUGACACUACACACAUUGUCAUGACUCUGCCUACAGUGGACCAUUCAAAUGAUGUAUGGAUUGAUCGGGAGAAGAACCACAGCAUGGUCUUGCAAGCAAUAGUAGACCCUGACAUGAGAUUCCGUGAUGUAAUUGUUGGGUAUCCUGGUAGUUUAAGUGAUGCCCUAGUGCUUCAGAACUCUAGUUUCUUCAAACUUUCUGAAGAAGGGAAAAGGCUAAAUGGAAAGAAGAUAGAACUCAUGGAAGGAACAGAAUUGGGAGAAUACAUUAUAGGGGAUGCAGGGUUUCCCCUAUUGCCAUGGCUACUAACUCCUUUUCAAGAUGCACUCCCAGAUCAUCAGGCUGAGUUUAAUAAACAACAUGCUGCAACACGAGCAGUAGCAGAGAUUGCAUUGGCAAGGCUGAAGGAAAUGUGGAGGAUAAUUCAUGGAGUAAUGUGGCUGCCUGAUAAGAAUCGGUUGCCUAGAAUAGUCUUUGUGUGCUGCUUGCUUCACAAUAUUGUUAUUGACAUGGAGGAUAAAGUGUUUAGUGAGAUGCCCAUGUCUCUUCAUCACGACAAAGAUUAUAGGCAACAAAUUUGUGAAUCUGCCUCCGAGACAGGCAUUGAUAUCAGAGAGAAGUUAUCUCUCUACUUAUCUAGUAAAUUGCCAUCUUGAAAAGGGUCAUGCUUUUUUCUUAAUUAGCAAUAAAUCUUUUAUAGACAGGGUAAUACACAGUUUUGUUUAUUUAUUUAUUUUCUUUUUUUUUUUUUUGAAUAAAAACUUCUGCCAUUCUUUUGGAAUGAGCUAUCAUAGUUAACCUUGUCAAAUUGAACCAGGAAGUUAGUUUUGAGUUUAUUAUUUUACAGAA